UCCUGAGGUAACAUCAGUGAAUCUGAUUAUAAGUAAAGUUCAUCUGGAGCACUUUUUCAACAUCCAAAAUGCUAGAAACCAACACAGAUUCUGCAACAAAGAGAUUGGCAGUUGUUACAGGUGCUAAUAAGGGGAUUGGAUUGGAGAUAUGUCGACAGUUAGCCACAAUUGGCGUUACAGUUGUGUUGACAGCUAGAGAAGAGAAGAAGGGUGUUGAAGCUGUUGAGAAGCUCAAAGGGUCUGGACUCUCAAAUGUGGUUUUUCAUCAGCUUGAUGUGACAAACCCUGCAAGUAUUGCUUCUCUGGCUGAUUUCAUCCAAACCCAGUUUGGAAAGCUUGAUAUCUUGGUGAACAACGCGGGAGUUAAUGGAAUUAAAUUAGAUGAUGAUGCUUACAGGGUCUUGAUGGCAGCGGAUGAUCCUCAAGAAGUUAGGACAGCAAAAUACAUUGAACUAGUCACACAGACGGCACUGACCCAUGAAGUAGCUGAAGCAUGUGUGCAAGCAAACUACUAUGGCACCAAAAGAGUGACUGAAACACUUCUUCCCAUCCUUCAGCUAUCUGAUUCACCAAGAAUAGUUAAUGUUUCAUCAUCUCUGGGGAAGCUACAGAAUGUCACUGACACAUGGGCUAAAGAAGUGCUAAGCAAUGACGAUGGCCUCACAGAAGAAAGAGUGGAUGAUGUGUUGAACAAGUUUCUAAAGGAUCUCAAGGGGAAGCAAGGCUGGUCUGCCUACAUAAUGACUAAAGCAGCUAUGAAUGCCUACACAAGGAUCCUGGCAAAGAAGUUCCCCAAAUUUCGCAUAAAUUGUGUCUGCCCUGGUUCUGUCAAAACUGACCUUAACCACCACUGUGCUGGGCAGUUUACUAUUGAACAAGGUGCAGAAGGUCCAGUGAAGUUGGCUUUGUUUCCUGAUGAUGGCCCUUCUGGCCUUUUCUUUUUUCAUUCAGAAGUAUCCACCUUUUAAUCGAAUGAGGAGAGCUGGAAUUACCUUGUUGAUGUCAUAUACAACUCUUUAUUCCUUCUAUGCUAAGCAACUUUCUUCUAAUGAGAAAAUAAAGUAAGCCACAACUGGUAAUAGAAAAAUAUAAUUUCGAGUUUCAUUUGUUAUCGAAAUUAGAUUAGGUUCUUUAGCUA